GUAAACAAAACAAUAUUGAAAACAAAACAUUGGAAAAACGUGUGAAAAAUUGGAAAGUACCGGUGAAAAUAGUGUCUGCUGCCUGGCCUGUUGAUUUUUAUAAAUUAAAACUUGAUUUUUGAAAUCAGCUUCCAACAUGAGUAGGAGAAAGAAAGUUAAGAUGGAAUACAAGGAAAUGGAGGAGAAACCAAUUAUUGCAGAAGAGAAUAUACCUACAGACAUUAAUGAUAAGCCUGAAAAAUCAAAACUUCAGCUAACAGACAAAAAGUUGAGUCCUGGUUCCAGCAACUCUAAUAAGUCUGUGAAAAAAGAAACAAGAAAAGAGGAAAUUAAGAGAGAAGACGAUAAGAAAAAGGAAGAUCCAGACUCGGAAUUGGAUGACCCAAUCAUCAAAGAUCUCUUUUCAGGCCUGGAGGGUGCAGCAUUCCAAAGUCGCAUGCCUUUUGACAAGUUAACAUCCACUGAAGCUGCUUGCUUUCCAGAUAUUGCUAAUGCAGCCUUGCAAACAGUGAAAGUUUAUCUGAAUAUUCGAAACCGUGUUUUGCAAAUGUGGCUUGAAAACCCAAAGCUUCAACUCAUUUUGGAGCAUGCAAUUGAAAAAAUGGAAGCCCCAUUCAAUAGUGAUGUUCAGCUGUUGACAAGAGUUCAUGCCUUUUUGGAAAGGAAUGGCUUCAUCAACUAUGGAAUCUUCAAAAGAUUAAAGGCAAUACCAAGUCAAAAGUAUGGGAAAGUUAUUGUUAUUGGGGCAGGUAUAGCUGGACUUGCAGCUGCACAACAGUUACAACAGUUCGGCCUAGAAGUUAUUGUGCUGGAAUCAAGAGACAGGGUUGGAGGCAGAAUUGCUACAUUCAGAAAAGGUAACUAUGUAGCUGAUCUCGGAGCGAUGGUAGUAACCGGCCUCGGUGGAAAUCCGGUCACCACUCUCAGCAAGCAGAUCGACAUGGAACUGCAUAGAAUACGUCAAAAGUGCCCACUGUACCAGUCCACCGGAGUCACGGUGGACAAAGACAAGGACGAGAUGGUCGAAAGAGAGUUCAACCGUCUCCUGGAAGCCACUUCGUAUUUGUCACAUCAACUGGAUUUCAAUUAUGCUGGCAACAAACCUGUGAGUUUAGGACAAGCCUUGGAAUGGGUCAUCAAGCUACAGGAAAAACACGUGAAGGAAAAACAAAUUCAGCAUUUGAAAUCCGUCAUAGCCUUACAAGAAAAACUCAAAAUCAAUCAAACUAACCUUGUCAAUGUGAAAGAAAAGAUGAAAGAAAUAGAUGCCAGUGUGAAAGAAAUGGCGGAGAUUGAAAAACGUAACAUUCAAGAAGAGUUUGCUUACAGAAGUGGGCUGAAAGAUCUGAGAGAUUUGGCCAGGGAGUGGGAUCAAUUGCAGGAACAAGCAAAGGAGAUUGAACGAAAAUUAGAAGAAUUGGAUAACUCCAGACCAAGUGAUGUAUAUCUGUCAUCGAAGGAUCGCCAAAUUCUAGAUUGGCAUUUUGCCAACUUGGAAUUCGCCAAUGCAACACCGCUCUCCAACUUGUCUCUGAAGCACUGGGACCAGGACGACGAUUUCGAGUUUACCGGGAAUCAUUUAACAGUACUCAUAAAGGACGAAGUAGCUAUAGAGGAUGAGGUUGCUAUUAUGGAAGAGGUAGUUUACAAAUGUGGCAAACCAGGACAUAAAUGUAAUGAGUGUAGAGAAAGCUCAAAUGUAGCAGACUGUGAGAAAACGGAUAGUGAAGUCUCUGGAAAAAAAAUGCAUUCAUUGCUGAUGAAACUGAACUGCCCCUAG